AUGGGCUACGCCGACACGCUUCGAUCCAAGACAAGCUCUUCGCUGAACGAAGACCUCCAUCUCCAUGGCGGCGAUUUCAACUGGGCGGUGUCAAUCACUUAUUUCGCGGUCAUUAUCUGCAUAUAUCCAUCCAAUUUGCUGAUGAAGCGGAUCGGUGGAAGAUACUGGUUCUCUGUAGUCUUGGCUGCACUUGGAACCGUCGCCUGUACUGUCAGUGCUGUUCGCAGCCUUGCCGGACUAUUGGCUGCACGCUUCUUCUUGGGAGUACCCGAAGCAUCAAUACCUGCUUCUUGCAUCCUCUACCUCAGUUUCUGGUACAAGCCAUGGCUGUUCUUGAUUGAAGGUCUUAUGGCCGUGUCAAUGGCCUUGCCAAUCGGUUGGCUUCUGCUCACAUAUCCCGAGACUUCGGGUUCUCUCAGUGAGCGAGAACGACACAUCGCAGUCAACAGGUUCGGUCGCGGUGCUCCCCGCUCCACAGAUAAAGUGCUAGACACUUCCGCAUUCUGGGCGCUCGUGAGCCGCCCAAGUACAUGGGUCUUCACCGUCUCCUACUUUCUCCAGCAGAUAGUCAGCACAUCGUUAAACAACUUCCUACCAAUUAUACUAAACAAUUUUAACGGCUUCUCAUCCCACAAAGCAACGGCAUACACCUCGAUAAUCUACUUCGUCGCCAUACCCUGCUACUGGUUCUGGUCCUGGCACUCGGACCACACAGGCGAGCGUACAUGGCACAUUUUGCUUCCAUUUGUCGCAGCAAUCCCCUGUUUUGCUGUCUGGACGCACGUGGCUGCCAAUACAUCAUUUGGCAACAUUAGCCCAAUGAGCUUGUACGGUCUGGCUUUCCUUGGCCACACCGUCUCCUUUGCCAACCCCUGCCUUCUAAGCUACCGUUCGUCUACACUUUAUGGCGCUUCGGAACAAGCUCUUGGAGGUGCUCUUGCGCUCGGCGCUCGGCGCUCUGUCGCUUGCAAGCAUCGUCAGCCCACAUGGCUAUGGGAACGGUGGAAACUGGGACACUACCUCGUCGUGGACUCCGUCUUCAAGCUCGUGGACUCCGUCUUCAAGUUCUACUUGGACUCCCUCUUCAAGCACUUGGUCUCUAUCUUCAAGUUCUACUUGGACUCCCUCUUCAAGCUCUACUUGGACUCCUUCUUCAAGCACUUGGAUUCCAUCGAGCUCUACCUGGACUCCUUCAAGCUCGACCUGGACUCCUUCAAGCUCGACCUGGACUCCUUCAAGCUCGACCUGGACUCCCUCCUCAAGCUCUACUUGGAUUCCCUCCUUAAGCACUUGGACUCCAUCGAGCUCUACUUGGACUCCCUCUUCCAGCACUUGGAAUCCAUCGAGCUCUACGUGGACUCCUUCGUCAAGCUCGACCUGGACUCCCUCUUCAAGCUCUACUUGGACUCCCUCUUCAAGCACGUGGCCUACGUCUAG